GGGUGUUGUAGUCUGAGUGUGUGCGCCCCAGAACGCCGGCUGCUGGUUGAACCAGGUACAGGCCUGUGGGACGCAGGGGAUCCAUUCUAUGCGUGCCUGAGGAGCCACGGGGUAGUGCAAGGUGCACUUCUGUUCCUUCCGGAGUCCUGAAGACGAACCGGUCUGAAUUCUACACUACAGAGUACCAGGGGUAUCCCUGGCACGACUGCAGAGCUCCGGGCAAGGUUUGCAGCGUGCCGAGUGCCUGUGGAGUGGACUGUCAUCUUUGCUCACCAGGUCCCAUGAGGACCUGGGCAACAUGGUGCCCACUGGCCAGAUGGCAGAAAAGCAGGCAUGCGAAGAGCCCAGGCAGGACCCCGAGCUUAAGUCCUGGCGGUGCCUGGUUUUCUAUCUCUGCUUCUUUGGCUUCAUGGCACAGUUGAGGCCUGGGGAGAGCUUCAUCACACCCUACCUCCUGGAACACAACUUCACCAAGGAGCAGGUGACCAACGAGAUUAUUCCAAUGCUGCCCUACUCCCACCUGGCCGUGCUGGUGCCCAUCUUCCUGAUCACCGACUACCUGCGGUACAAGCCAGUCCUGGUCCUGCAGUGCCUGAGCUUCGUGUGUGUGUGGCUGUUGCUGUUGCUGGGCACGUCUGUGAUACACAUGCAGCUCAUGGAAGUCUUCUACAGCAUCACCAUGGCGGCACGCAUCGCCUACUCCUCCUACAUAUUCUCCCUGGUGCACCCCUCCCGCUACCAGCGCAUGGCUAGCUACUCCCGGACGGCAGUCCUGCUCGGAGUCUUCAUCAGCUCCGUGUUGGGCCAGGUGCUGGUCACCCUAGGACGUAUCUCCACCUUUACGCUCAACUGCAUCUCCCUGGGCUUCAUCGUCUUCAGCCUGGGCCUCUCCCUCUUUCUGAAGCGCCCUAAGCGAAGCCUCUUUUUCAACCGCAGUGUACUUGCACGUGGAGCCUUGCCCUGUGAGCUGGAUCACAUGCACCCGGGGCCUGGCCGGCCAGAGACCGGGAAACUAGAGCGCGUGCUGGGCUCUUGCAGGAACUCCUUCCUGGUGCGCAUGCUAAGUGAACUGGUGGAAAAUGCCCGGCAACCACAGCUGCGUCUCUGGUGCCUCUGGUGGGUCUUCAACUCCGCAGGCUACUACCUGAUCACCUACUAUGUGCAUGUCCUGUGGAAAAGCGUGGACAACAACCUCAACUACAAUGGCGCCGUAGAUGCCGCCUCCACACUGCUGAGCGCCAUCAUGUCCUUCUCUGCGGGCUUCGUGAACAUCCGCUGGGCUCUGUGGUCGAAGCUGGUCAUCGCGAGUGUGAUAGCCAUCCAGGCCGGCCUGGUUUUCUGUAUGUUCCAGAUCCAGGACAUCUGGGUCUGCUAUGUGACCUUCGUGCUUUUCCGUGGGGCCUACCAGUUCCUUGUGCCUGUUGCCACUUUUCAGAUCGCGUCUUCCCUGUCUAAAGAGCUCUGUGCACUGGUCUUCGGGAUCAAUACUUUCCUCGCCACUGCGCUUAAGACCUCUAUCACGCUUGUGGUCUCUGACAAGCGGGGUCUGGGUCUCCAAGUCCAUGAGCAGUUCCGUAUCUACUUCGUAUACUUCCUGAUGCUGUCCGUCACCUGCUUCGCCUGGGCUGGGCUGGACGGCCUGAGGUACUGCCAGCAUGGCCGCCACCAAGCCCUGGCCCAGGCCCAGGAGCUGAGGAGCCCCUUGGAGACAUCCGUGCAGGCGAUAAGCUUACAGGAUGGAGACCUCAGGGAACCGCAGCCCUCAGCGCCACAGCUGCUCUCGGAUGGCAUGGAGGACAGCAGGGCAGACUUGAGAGUCGAAACCAAGGCUUGACAAAUCUUGACCUUCCUAGCCUCAUCCCAGUUCAGCGACCGGAUUCCUGAUUCAGGCAGCCCCUCCUGUGUGCACUCCAUCCUGAACCAGACAGUGCUCCCAGGCUGUGUUGCUUUGAGUCCAAGACAUGUGGGGGCACCCCUGUUGCCUUUCAGGGGCCCUCAGGUUAGGCCACAGAACUCUCCUUCGGGGCCAGCUGUUUGAACUGAGGAACGAUAGAUAGCGUAUCCUUCUGGUAGCCUCUGAGGACCCCAAGCCCAGCCGGCUUCAUGCUUUAGCGAUGGCUGGAGCCUGCUACAGAUACUCAGGGCAGCCCCCUGGCUUUGUAAACCACGUGCCAGGCCACUGUGAGCCUGGGUGGCUGCCUAUUGCUUGCCAAGAAGACAACCCCAUGUCAGGGUCAGCUGUGCCCACCAGGCCAGUCUGCCCUUAGCUCUGGGAAGCUCAGGACAAAUCACGUCUGCCCCCAGGGCUAGUGAGGCCCCCUGGGCCCAGACACCAGCCUGACCCCACAGGGUGCCCGGAUGCCUGCCCUGGGCUCCUGGCUAAGCUGCCAUCCUUCUACUAUCGGAGGUGCUUGUUUGAAUGGUUAUCUGAUUUUUUUUUUUUAAAAAAACAAACUUGACAUUAAAAUGGAGAACUACA